CUGAUAAUUUUUGACCUGUGAUAUCUAAAUUCUUUUGCUCGGUAAUUACUAUGUUUGUAUUGAUAUCAUGUGAAUCUAUAUAUACAUGUAGUUAAAACAUCACUGUCAGUUCCUCAUCUAACCCGAAUGGAUGUAACCGUGUGCAAUAUGAAUGGUUUUAAAGUAUUUCUGUUUCUGCUAUUUGCAAAAUGUGUUUUAUCGGACCAAGGGGCUCUCUUCGAACCAUGUAGCACACAGGAUAUAGCCUGCUUGAGCAGAGCAACGCAGCAAUUUUUGGAGAAGGCCUGUCGAGGAGUCCCAGAAUAUGACAUCAGGCCCAUAGAUCCUUUAAUUAUACCAUCUUUGGACGUGGCCGCGUAUGACGACAUAGGCUUAAUAUUCCACUUUAAAAACCUGAACGUAACAGGUUUGAAGAAUCAGAAGAUAUCGGAUUUCAGGAUGGACACAACGAGGAAGUCUGUGCUGCUGAAGACGCAAGCAGACUUAAAUUUGGUCGCAGACGUCGUUAUAGAAUUGAGUAAACAAUCAAAAUCGUUUGCAGGAGUGAUGAAUAUCCAAGCAAGCAUAAUAGGAGGAGCGAAGUAUAGCUAUGAUUUGCAAGAUGAUUCAAAAGGUGUGAAGCAUUUUGAAGUUGGCCAAGAGACGAUUUCUUGCGAAUCGAUAGGCGAGCCAGCAGUGAAUUUGAAUCCAGAAUUAGCAGAUGCUUUAUUGAAAGAUCCUGAUACAACACACUACAGGAAGGACUACGAAGCUCAUCGCGUUAGUAUUCGACAAAGGUCAUUGUGCAAGAUAGUUGAGCUAUGUUAUAUUGAUGUCGUUCACAACAUCAGAGCAGUUGCCAAGAUAUUGCCGUCGACAGCAUUCUUCACUGAUGUUAAUUAAUUUUCAAACUAUUGACUUAUUACAAUAAACGUUUGCACAGAUGUGUU